AUGACUUCAUCUCGCCUCACAUCUUUGCAGGACAAAGUCGCGAUUGUUACUGGAGCUGGUGGCGGUCUGGGUCGAGAGUAUGCUCUUAUCCUCGCCUCUUACGGCGCCAAAGUCAUCGUGAAUGACUAUGGUGGUUCCCUUGACGGCAAGAAAGGAACAAUCUCAAGAGCUCAAGGCGUUGUCGACGAGAUUGUAGCGGCUGGGGGCAAAGCAGUAUCCGAUGGCCACGAUGUUUCGUCAAAGGAAGAGGUUCAGGCCAUGGUCGACGGCGCAAUAAAAGCCUACGGAACUGUGCACAUAUUGGUCAACAACGCAGGCACGGCUGGCCAAUUCAGUGCGCACGACAAUGUCAAUAUCGAUUCUUUCCGAAGGACCUGGGAGAUUGCGGCCUUGGGAACCAUCCUGACAAUUUCUACUGUAUAUCCAAUCAUGGAGAAGCAAAACUAUGGACGCAUAAUAAACACUUCUUCAGACUCUAUCUACGGCUAUGGUGGAGGUGGUGACACGGGGUACGCAUCAUCGAAAGGUGCAGUCUUCGCCACUACCAAAGACCUUGGUCGUUUCAGCGAGAAGCAUGGGAUCAAGAUAAACGGUGUGCUUCCUUCUGCUGCAUCCCGCAUGUCUGAUCUGUCACCCAUUAUCAAGAGGAUCACGCGGACAUAUUUCGAGACAUCGAAGGUGGCCGCCUUCGUUGCUGCCCUAGCAAGCGAAGAGUGCCCUGUUUCUGGGGAGCUAUUCAGCGUUGGGGGAGGACGAGCGGCUAGGACCACAUUGGCGACGUUUCCAGGGCACUCGAAUGAGACUGCGCCAGAAGGUUAUUUGGCAAAUUUUGAUAAGGUCAUGGGAAAUGUCAAAGACGCCUAUGUACCCUCAGGGUGCCUCGAUCAAGUUUCAUACGCGAUCAAACAUGCGACAGGAGAAGAUAAAAAGCAUACUUGA